AUGUUCACUUUUCAUAAUGUCUGCUCGGUACCCAGCUCCUUCCGGCUCAUUGGCAUCCCAGAGCUGCACAUCUGGCUCUCCAUCCCCUUUGGCUCCAUGUACCUGGUGGCUGUGGUGGGGAAUGUGACCAUCCUGGCUGUGGUAAGGGUAGAACACAGCCUGCACCAGCCCAUGUACUUUUUCUUGUGCAUGUUGGCUGCCAUUGACCUGGUUCUGUCUACUUCCACUAUGCCCAAACUUCUGGGAAUCUUCUGGUUUGGUACUGGUGACAUUGGCCUGGAUGCCUGCUUGGGCCAAAUGUUCCUUAUCCACUGCUUUGCCACUGUUGAGUCAGGCAUCUCCGUGGCUUUUGAUCACUAUGUGGCCAUCUGCAACCCACUACGUCAUAGCAUGGUGCUCACUCAUACAGUGGUGGGUCUGGGACUUGUUUCUCUCCUCCGGGGUGUUCUCCACAUUGGACCUCUGCCUCUGAUGAUCCGCCUGUGGCUGCCCCUUUAUAAAACCCAUGUUAUCUCCCACUCCUACUGUGAGCACAUGGCUGUAGUUGCCUUGACAUGUGGCGACAGCAGGAUCAAUAAUGUCUAUGGACUGAACAUUGGCUUUCUGGUAUUGAUCCUAGACACACUGGCUAUUGCUGCAUCCUACGUGAUGAUUUGCAGGGCCGUGAUGGGGCUAGCUACUCCUGAGGCCAGGCUUAAAACCCUGGGGACAUGCACUUCUCACAUCUGCACCAUCCUGAUCUUUUAUGUUCCCAUUGCUGUUUCUUCCCUGAUUCACCGAUUUGGUCACUGUGUGCCUCCUCCAGUCCACACUCUGCUGGCCAACAUCUAUCUCCUCAUUCCUCAUCCUAUAGUCUAUGCUGUUCACACCAAGCAGAUCUGAAAGAGGCUUCUCCAAAUCCCGAGGAUAGAAAUGAAGAUUAGAUGA